UGUCAUGUUAUACCCCAUCUUACCUGUGGCAGUGUUAAAGUGUUGACAAUUAUCCUCUGCAAUGUCUCUUGUUCACACAUGCACUCUCCCUGUCAUAUUACUGUAUUGCACUUGUAAAAAAUAUAGUGGGACUUAAGUUUAUGGCCUGGUAGAUAAGUGCUGACAAUAUCCCUCAUUAAGUACAAAGACUGAUUAGGGGUGUAUCCACUAACAUUGUGCCAUACGGUCUCAUAUUUGUUUCACGGUGAUAUCAGUCAUACUAUUGCAGUAAGAAGAGAGGAACAAUAAGGUCCUCCUUUAAGACAUUGAUAGUUGUAGUGGCCAGGAAUAAAUUAUAAAAUUGAGACCAAGCCGGCCAACUGAAAAAAGUUUAAAUAAAGUGUAAACCAGAAGAAUUUCUGUUACAACAAGGUGUGUACAAAUCCUCAGCCAUGCUGCGGCUCUGUCUUGCUGUCCUCGGCCUCAGUGCCUGCUAUCCUUGUACUGCAGCCCCGCCACAGGACCCUGAGCUGCGGUCAGUAUUCACAGGGUCCACCAGAAACAAGCUGCUGCUCAUCUCCUUAGACGGCUUCCGCUGGGACUAUGACAGAGAUGUUGAAACCCCUCAUCUGGAUAAGAUGGCCCAGGAUGGAGUGAAGGCAGCCUAUGUUACUCCACCUUUCCUCACCAUUACCAGCCCUGCUCACUUCACACUGCUGACAGGACGUUAUGUCGAGAAUCAUGGAGUAAUCCACAACAUCUGGUUCAACACUACCACUCAGGAGAAGAAGCAGUACUACAUGACUCAGUUUGUUGAUUCCUACUGGGACAAUGGCAGCUUACCCAUCUGGAUAACAGCACAAAGACAGGGUCUAAAAGCAGGCUCUCUGCAUUUCCCUGGCACAGCAGCCACCUACAAAGAAGAGACUGUGAAGGUUAGGCAAGUGGAACCUCGUUUCUAUGAUCAUUCUAAUGAGACAGAAUGGAGGCUGAACAUUGAUAAGGUCAUUGGGGAGUGGUUCCACCAACAGGACCUAGACUUUGUGUCCUUGUAUUUCGGAGAACCAGAUUUGGCUGGUCAUGAAUUUGGACCAGAUUCCCCAGAAUGCCGUGCAAUGGUUCAGCAAGUGGACCGUACUCUGGGCUACAUCCGGGACAAGAUCCAAGACCAUGGCCUUACUGACCGGCUCAACAUUAUCAUCACUGCCGACCACGGGAUGACUAGAAUUCUACGGGAUGGACUAGUUGAGGAGAUCAUCCUCUCUAAGAUUCCUGGCUUCAGCUUCAAAGAUAUCCAGUUCCAACUGUUGGAUUAUGGUCCUGCUGGCAUGCUGCUUCCGAAAGAGGGGAAACUGGAGAAGGUCUACCAGGCUCUGAAAGGAAGCCACCCUCAUCUUCAUGUGUAUAAAAAGGAGGAGCUGCCAACUAGACUGCACUACAGUAACCAUCCUCGACUCCUGCCCAUCAUCCUCAUUGCUGACCCUGGAUACAUUGUCAAUGGGUUCUUACCUGUGCACUACGUAAAAGGAGACCACGGCUUUGAUAAUGAAAUCAUGGACAUGAAAGCUUUCUUCAGGGCAGUGGGGCCUGACUUCCAAAAAAACAUGUUGGUAGGCCCCUUUGACCUGGUUGACGUGUACCCUCUGAUGUGCCAUCUACUGGAGAUUAACCCAGAGGUCAACGAUGGACACUUGAACAAUACCAAACACAUGCUGGUUCCUAGGAAAAACACAGGAGGAAACAACAACAUUCCAGGGAAGAAUUAUCACAUGGAGGUGGUGAUUGGCCUGUCAGCAGUGAGUGGGGUUCUUGGGCUUGUUUUCAUCAUUACCACAUCCUAUAACAUGUGGAAAAGGACCAGAGCAUGAGGAACUUUGACAUUUAUCUAAAAAAAAUAUUGAGAAAAGGAAGUAAGAACAAAAAAGGAGAAAAUUUAAUUUUGCAUUUUCUACUCAUUGUACAAGAGUGUGCUUACUGUAGGCGAAGGAUAAGACAUUCUUUAUUUAUGAGUUUAUAAAUGAUGGAGAAUUCAGCCACUCAGGGCCUUUUUAUAACCAAACAUGUAUCAAACAGUAAGAUACAUUUGUUCAUGUAAAACAAUCUGGCAAACUCAAACCAGUUGAUAAUUGUUCAUUCAUAUUUGCUGUAGCUCAUGCCGAUUUUGUUUUAGAACAACACCUACAAAUAAUUAUCCAUGUAUUCUACACUGCAAAUACAUGCAACUAACUGAGAGGGGGAAAAACACAUUGUGAUUUACUUGGUUCACAUUGAGGUUUUUAGCUGAGCAUUGUUUAAGUGUCAAGCAGCUUCCAUUACUCAGGAUGAAAAAUGACAUUGAGCAGUGAUACUCAACUUAAGGUCCAUGGGCCAAAUCUGGCCCCCGAUAGGGUGCCAGGUGGCCCCUCAAUCAUUUUCUAAUUCACUGUGAAAUGAAAGUGAUUCACACAGGGAAUGUUUUUUGAACUUUUAAUAUACGGUAAGCUGCUACUACACAGCCGCGUGGCAGCCACCCUGACAACUGCCAGUCCACAAGAGCGUUCCCUAAAAAAAGCAAAGUGUUUUUUGGAGCGCUGCCACUACAGUCUACACUGUAAACCCCAAUUUGUUCACUCAAAUCAAAAUGUAUUGGAAUCAGCUUGCACUUUUUUAAUAACAUUUUUGUUUUUGUUGUUGUUUGAGCAUUUAAUUCUAUGUCAUAUUAACAUAAAAUUAAAAUUAAUUAUGUUGAAUUAUGUUGUGUACAAACAGCAUUAUAUAUUGUAAUCUUAAAGUCAUUGUUCAGCUAAAUCACAAUUUGUGCACUCAGCUCAAAAAUUUAUUGGAAACAGCAAGUUCUGAGUACACCUGAUACACAUGACUCUUGUCUGGUUGCAUACUUCUCUUGGUUUAUUUUCAAUCAAAUGAUAAAAUAAUUUGUGUUUUAAUAACAGAAUUCUAUGUCAUAUUAUGUGAGAAUAUCUAGUAUACAUAACACAGACUUAUUGAGUUGUUAAAUGAGAGCUAAAUGAGCUUUACAAAUUUUAGUCAAAUGGACUCAAAAUUAAAAAAAUGUUGACUUGACAUAAAAAAAUAUAUAUGUCAAGCUCACAAGGGUUAGG